CUGGGCAGCAGAGACGUCAUGGACGGAUGUGGUUUGGGUGCAGCCUCUUCCAAGGUUCGGCUGGGUAGAAAUAUUGGCAUGGCAGUGACAGCUGAAUCGCCCCGUGACGAGUCCCCUCCGUCUCCAACAUCUUCCACAGUUCAGACACGCAUCGCAAAGGACCCCGAACAUCGCACAGCUGGCGCCCUCGCGGCGCUGUCUCGUGUGCCCGGUACCUGCCAUGAGCUCGAGCUGACACAUCCUUGAGCGACCGCCCAGCCCGAGAGCGGGAAUCUGCAGCGGCUUCUUCCACGGCGAUUCCCUUUCCACGUCAGGACGCAUGAUGGCACCCAAGAGGCCUUCGGAAGGCGACCUUCCCCAGGCCACCAAGAUUCCCAAACUCGAGCCUGGCGUUGCGGUGAGCCCAUUGACGACGCCGCAGCAGCAGCGCCUGCCGAACAGUGAUUUCUCAGGCUCGGUCAAGAAGAAGCUAGCCAGCUCGUCGCGUACGGGCCAGGCGUGCGACCGGUGCAAGGUACGGAAGAUACGAUGCGACCCACGACCAGAGGGCUGCUCGCCCUGCGCGCAGAACCGGACGCCAUGCAAGACCACCGACCGCAUCACCGGGCGUGCGACGACGCGAGGCCACGCCGAAGCCAUGGAGUCUGAGAAUGCCUACCUACGAGCCCAGGUCGCCGCGCUACAAGCGCAGUUGAAAGAAGUAGGAGUCGAGCCACGCGUCGUGCCUGAUUUCAAUAGCUUCCCUCCUCCUAGUACGCCGUGGUCGUCAUCGAGUCUAGGAACCGAGUGGGGAGAGGCCUCCCAGCGCCGACCGUCGAGUGCGUCGCCUCUUCCCGGCUACGCCCCCGCCAGUGGGCUGGAGAACAAGCCAUCGUUGCCUCAGUUCAAGCAGGGCUCCUUUGGCGACAACUACCUUGGGGUGUCACUGGCAGACACUGUGUUGAGUAACAUCAAGGGGACAUCGCUCUCAGUAUUCGGCACAGAAGUGGACAUCACCGACUUCAUACAAAAUGAAGAAGACUACGACAAGUCGGUCAUGUCCUACAACCAUUUCUUGAAGGUCGUCCUGGCCGAAGAGCAGGUCGAGCCGGUGCCCUUGCCGCCCUAUCUGAUCCUGGCCGAGUACUCAAGCUGGUAUCUGCGAUCUAUGAAUCCAUAUACCAUGCUCCUGGACAAGCCCACUUUGAUGCAACUGGUUUGGCACAUUGGAAACGAACCGCACUUUGCUCCCUCCGCCGCCGAAACCGUGUGCGUCCACAUGAUGCUUGCGACGUUGAAAUACCAGAUAUCGAUCAGAAACGGGCAGGCGGCACUGAUGGAAGAGUCGCACCAACACUAUCGCUACUCGCUACGCUUUAUUGGGGCCCUCCUCCGUUCGCACACCUGGCAAGACAUACAAGCCUUGGCUUUGAUAUGCCACCACUUGCGUAACUUUCCCAAGCCCGGUGCGGCGUGGAUAAUGACGUCGACAACCUUUCUGCUUGCUGUCGAGCUUGGCUUCCACCGAUCCACGAAGGCCUGGUCUGAUCCUACUGGCAAGAUGGACGAACUGGAAAUUGAGAUGAGGAAGCGGAUUUUCUGGACCCUCCACGCGCUCGCAACGAAUCUGAGCGGAAGGCUAGGGCGGCCUAUGCCUAUUGGCCUAGAUGAUAUUGAUGUCGAAUUUCCCGAGCCGGUCAACGACUGCUUACCAGGAGAAGACACGGACUUGACCCCCUACCGCAAAUGCUCCUUCCAAGUCGGCAUCCAGAUUGCGAAGUACACUGUGUGGUCCGCGCAGUUAUAUCGGAGCAUCUACGCGGUCCGGCAGUCUCCACGCGCUUACGAAGAUGCUUUAAAACGUCUAGAAGCUGGCAUUCGGCAGUGGAAAGACGAGCUUCCGCCCGAAGUGAGGGAUCCUACGCGAGCCUCGCAGGAGGACUACAUCUUCGCCCUCUAUCUGGAAUAUUGGCAUCAGGAAUAUCGGUUGUUACUCCACCACCCGGCCGUCUGUAGGUCGACGGACCCGGAAGUCACAAAUUCGAACCUAGACAAAUGUCUCAUCGCUUCCCAGCAGAUGCUUCAAACCUGCAAAGAAAUGAGGAAAAUCAUGAGCCUGGAUAUCCCUUGGAUCAAUGCAGUUGUUUAUAUCGCAGCCAUCUUUACGACGCUAUUCAUCUACUUCCAGCGGAAAGACGAGAUAUCUUCUGUGGAUAUGACUAAGCUCAGAGAAGACAUGGAAGAAUGGGUAAACCUUAUGGGCGAAUGUGGCCGGCUUUUGGGUUCCGACGACAAGUUGAAAAACGCGAUCCAGAAGAUUGUCGAGCGCUCUUUGACCAGCAUCAACGAUAGCAUUGUCAAGAGAACAGCAACCGAGUCGCUUGCUCGAGUCGUCAUGCAAGCUCCGCCAGCAACGACGUCAUCCGCCCCUAUGUACAGCAACGGCAAUUACCAAGAGCAGUACCAGAAUACGGCUACCACAACCACUGAUCCUGCUCUCACCGCUUCAGGCUCAUCCUACACUAAUAUGCCUGCGGGUGCUACCUACCCCUAUAGCAACGGCACUCCGGCAUCUGUAGCACAGCAAACGACUAGCACUUUCGAUCAGCCAGCUUAUGGAACAAGCCAAGAUGUAGGUAUGACCGCCUCCCAUGCAGCAGCUCUCGCGGCAGCAACGGCAUCAGGCACAGCCGCUCAACGUCCAAACGACACCUAUGCCUACCCCAACGCCCAGGUGGCCAGCAACGGCCACCAGCCUACCUACUCGGCCAAUCAGGAUUGGCGCCAGUGGGGAAGAACGUACAUGCAGCAGCUGGCACCACAAGGAGAAUAUCUAAAUACAGCAACAACGCUCAUGGCGCUGGGCGGUCGAGAAGGCGGCUCCCAGGGCCCAGGUCAAGAGGGACAGGGUGCAGUGGAUGGUUCGGUAAUGCAAGGCUCAGGCCCCAGCAAUUUCCAGUGGCCGGGUGUUCAGUUCGGCCUGCAGGCUAGUGGCCACGGUGGCCAGCAGUGAGGGUUCGAUCAAGCGUCUCUGUGCCACUUGGUACAUUGAAAGAUUUUGCUAAGGGUAUUUUCAAGGGUAAAAGAAAUGGUGUCUGGAUUGGCGUUGGAUAUCACGGUUCUCAUCACCCCAGUUUUCUUCUGCGCGGCUUCGCUCGUAUUCGCUUGGGGAGGAGUUUCUUGGGGUAAUAUGGAAAUGUGGAUGAGGCUCUAGCGACUCUGUUAAGCUUCCUUGUAUGAUACUAUGUUUGGAACUGGGUCAUCUGGAGAGUAUUGAAAGGAGCUGUAGUAAGCCAGGCGAAGAGGAUAAUGUUAGUUCGGCAGGAACGUGACGGGGGACACUUGUCCUGCUGGCAUUGCCUUGUAUCCCAGAGACUGCGGAAUCUACGGG